AUGUACUGCGACAACGCGACAAACUUUGUGGGAGCAGAGAGGAAGCUGCGUGAGCUCCGGGAAGCCUUUCUGACACAGAAACAGGAGAUUCUGCAAUACGCCGCCGACGAAGGAUUCAUCUUCGCCUUCAUACCUCCGAGGGCACCCCACUUCGGCGGCCGGUGGGAAGCAUCAGUGAAGUCGGCCAAACAUCUUCUGGUGCGCGCCGUAGGCAACGCGUUGUUAACCGCCGAAGAAACCGUAGCGCUUCUCGUCGAAAUAGAAGCAGUACUCAACUCCCAGCCGCUCGCCCCACUCAGCAACAACCCCAACGACGGCGAGGUGCUAACGCCAGCGCAUCUGCUAAUCGGUUGCCCCUUGCGAGCUUUGCCACCAGAAAAGGUACCCGACAACCUCAGUCGCUGCUUAGAGAGAUGGCAGCUUGUUUGCCCUCUCAAGCAACAAUUUUAG